CUAAAAUCAGACUUGCUGAUUGGAUAUCAUUCCCGGUGACGUUGGACAGCGGUCCCCGCUUAUUGACGUCAGCAGCAGCAUUUAUUUCUUUAGCAAAACCCUACCGCUCUCCCCACAUCCCGGAACAUCGUAAACAGCCAAUCGAAGCUGAAGAGGUGUGUUGAUCGUUGUGAUUGGUCGCUUGGUGAGCAGGCGCACUGGUUUACAAAGGGGGGGGGAAAAUAAAUACUAAAUUGAGAGCCCGUAAUGGCGGCGGCGCUGAGGAGGUUACGCGGAACAGAAGUGGAACGAGUUCGGCCUGAACCGGAGCCUCCCCCACCGCUGUGGGGCAUGGCACCAUUUAGGUGUGCCCAGCACCGCGACAGCGGGCAAAGAGCGGUUCAGGGCGGCUCCCAGGAACAGCCUCCUUAUCCCAGGUAUGCCCCCAAUUACUGGAAUUCAUCUCCAAGAGCUUCCUAUUCAAAUCCAUAUCCUGUUGGAUCAGAGCUUCAAGGCCAGGGAAUUGAUUCUUCCUACACAAAUGGUGUCUAUGGACCUUCAUACUCAGCUCCUGGGGCAGGGCCGCCAUAUCCCAGUCUCCCACAGUCAAACACACACUAUUCUUCAGAGCACCCUCCUGCCACUUACUCCACAGAGUCUUCUAGCAUAUAUAGAACUCCAUCAUCGGCAUCAAACUGGAAUUAUCCCCCUCCAGACUAUCCAACUGAAGGUUCCAUGGUGAGGAGGCAGGUAGCAGGUUACUCCCCUCCACAAGGCCCAGCUUUUCCGCUCCCACCCUAUCCGUACGGAGAUUGCAAUCCUAACAUUCCACAGCAGAGACCACCCCCUCAAUCAGGACUUCAGGAUGCCACUUGGCAAACACCUGGCGUUUAUGGAAUGCAGCCUCCCUAUGGUUGGCCCCCUCCCCCAACAGGGCAAGGAGGGAAUCAGUAUGUUGCACAAUCUUGGCCUAACAGUGAUGUGUCUACUCUACAUCCCCCAAAUAACAAUCCAAAGGACUCUUUUAGCCAAAUGGAUCAAGGGAUUAACCAAUAUGGUUAUCUUCCUGAAGCCAGUAGUUUGCCUUCUGGGACCACGAAUGACUACAAUCCAGCACAGCUUGAUGUUAAGCCAUCUGCUUCCAACCCCAAAGUGCAGUAUAGUGCACAGCCCCAGCUGUAUGAUAAUGUACAUAAGAAACCAUCUGUGAUUAACAGUGGAUCGGCUUGUAAAAUAAACGUACAGCCUCCAACUGAUGUGCAGCCUGGAAUACAGAAGAUCGCACAAGUUAUGGAGGGAAUUGAACUGUUGGAAGAAGAAGUGGAUGAAUUUGUAGGUAAAAAGACAGACAAGGACUACUGGUUGCUGGAAGAAAUGCUGACCAAGAAGUUGUUGGAACUGGACUCUGUAGAGACAGGUGGUCAGGACAAUGUGCGCCAAGCAAGGAAAGAGGCAGUUCAUAGAAUCCAAGCUGUAUUGGAAGAACUGGAAAGGAAGGGUCUUUAAUGUGAAUGACAGUUUAAAAAUCCAGUCCUGAAAUUAUUACAGGUCUCUGGCUUUUCUCUUGACCUCCAAAGCAAUAAGUGGGGAUGUGCAUUUUGACUUUAGAAAAACAAAAAUGGUAAGUUUAAUCUGAUUUAACAAAUGGGUCAGAUCUAGAAUUUAGUAUGGUGGUUAUCCCAUUCAAUGAAUAAGAAGGAAUGAAAUGCUGGCCCUUGUUGUUUUAAGGGUUUCGUUGCAUAGUUUUACCAGCUACAGGAGAGAAAUCAUUUGGCAAAAAGAGAUUGGGAUUUACAUCUCAGAAAAUCUCCGGGACCGUCAAGGAUUUCAGCAAGUUACUUGUCAUAUUUGAAAAGUAGAAAAAGAAAGUUGCAAUGCAGCACCAGUAAAGCCAUGACUUCAGGCUCUUUAGCUACUUUUUCUGUGCAUUAUUUAUAGAUUCAUUCUGUUUGUCAUAUAAAUUGUGUAAUAUCUUUUGGGAUAUAAUAUGUUCAAGUGCAACCAUGCUGAUAAGCCAUUUAUCACUAGGGCAACCAAAACCCAGGCAUUUUUCAUGUUAUUUCUCCCUCAUCCCUUAUUAUGCAAAUAUAAUCCACAUUUUUUUAAAAAAACACAACGAUGGGAUAAGAAGAAGGAACCUAGACGACGCUUGAAUUGCUGGCACUUUCAACUAAUGAACUGAUUAUGAGGAUUUGGGGCAGGAGAAUUUGGUGAUAAAUGCUUAGCUGUGACAUAGACUUUAUAUGUUACAGUUGCUUAUAUGCCGGUUUAAUCUGUUAUAGCUGAUUAGAAAUAAUCAGUUCCCAUACCUGCGGAAAUCAAUUAAAGCUACUGCCUUGUAUCAUCAGCUCUUCACAGUGUGUCCCUGGUUCAAAAAGGCAAGAAAUAUAUCUUUUAAUUUUUAAAAACAGGUAUUUAUUGUAAGAGUUUUUAAAGAAGAACACUGUCAAAUAGCUAAAAUAAUAAAAUAAAUAUUAGAAGUGUUUUAGUAAGAACUUCAUUCAAUAUAUAAAAGACUUGCAUACCAUUUUGGAAGUCUUUCUGGUUGAAAAGCAGGGUGUAGCUGUUUUAAAUAAUGGACGUUUGUACAUAAUGAUACAGAAAACACAUCUUAAACAUGGUAUUGUAGUUCCUGGUUCCUUGUGCCCCAGUGCUCUAAAUAUCAGCAGCAAGAAAAAUAUAUGAUUUGACUGUAACAUUAGCUAUUGACUUUCCUUCCUUAAAUUUUAAAGGCCUAAUUGAUAUUGUUUGUUGCCAUAUGUGUCCAAUGAACUCAAACUCCCAAAUGUUACAUUAGCUGGUAGUUUGUUUUUCUAAAUAUUGCAUGGCCUUGUUCUGCUGUAAAUCUGAAGUCUUUAUAUAUAAACUUUACAAAACCAGGAUAGGAAUACACUAUAAAGAUAAUAUAAUUCAGCAACUAAUAAAAGAACAGAUCAGCCAAAUUAAAUAGAUCUGUGCAACAAUUCUAUUGUUAAAAUAUUGGAUAAGAAAGUCAUAUGUUCUCAGUGUCUUAAGAAUACAGCAUAGUUUUCUCCAUGGUAGGAAAGAAACGUUCACGGAAAAAUCAUGUUCAAUUUUCACAUUUUUACUUGUUUUAAAGAGUCAGUACUAUUUAUGUGGAAAACCUUUUUAUUGCCUAAGGAGAACAAAAAGCAUACCUCACUUAAUCUGUGUGAUGGUUGUAGUUAGGUUUGUUCUUGUUCUCAAGUUAUCAAAGAAAUUCCAGUUAAAUUUUGUUCUGUAAUUAUUUGCAUCAGUUCUAGAGUAAAGCAUAGUCUGAGGCUUUCAUGUGAAACUAAAAGACAAGUGGGAAAACAAUAUAAAAUAAGAGAUGGAAGAACUGUGAUUGAUUUAAGUUUGCAAUGUUACUUUGUAUAUUUUACUAAAGAAAUCCCACAAUGUGGGACCAGGAAGAACAAUAAUCUCACCAAGUAGUUUGGAACCUGGCAUUUUCUUUAGCCUGAACCUGCUUAAUGGCAUUGUUGGGAUAAAUUAGGGAAGUGUGGUUGAAUGUAGUCUGGAGUCUCCGGAGGGAGGGGCUACUUCGCAGAGGGCAAAAAGACAGAAUGCCUGGUAGUCAGGAAAAAAGCAAAGACAGACCCUCUCAAACAGUUCAGAGGGUAUAUCUAUAGUUAUGCAGAUAGUAGUAUUAGUCUGGCAAGAUUGAUGUCAGGCCGCACAAAAUAAGAAUGACGUGGACUUAUUUCUGAGCAGCUUCUUUUAUUGUUGUUUGCCUACAGACAGAAUCUUGUCAGACUAAAAUGACUAUCUGCAUAACUAUAGAUAUACUCUAUGAACUUCAAGGGAGGGUCCUCUUUCUUCCUACCAGAUAUUCCAAGCUCCACUGCCUCCUUUCCCACUGAGAUAGCCCUUCCCUCCUGGACUCCAGACUAUGUUCAAUCAUAGAAACAGUAGAGAUGGUAGAUAAGAUAUGUACUGUAUGUUUCAUAUCUUACAUCACUUUGCAGUUGAAUAUUGUCUGAAGGAAAUUGAACUUUUAUCUUUCUAUUGCAAAAUAAUGAAUGAACUUGAAUAAAUUUGUAAACUCUAGUUUUUCUGCAUCUUAAUGUUUAAAACAGUUCAAUCACAUUUGUUUUUAAACAAUGUCAAAUGCUCAGAAAUGAAACUAAAGAAGGUCAAGAUAUACUUCCUGAUUUCUUUCCCUACUUUGUGUUUGCUAGAGUUAAGUGGAACACAUACCUUAUACCUUCCAUUUUUAAGACAACGUAUUCUCAAUUACUGCCAUUCUUAAUCCCUAUCAAAGAGUGCAUGUAAUGAUAGCUAAUUAUGGCUUAUUUGUACAGUGUUUCAGCUAGCAAAAUGCAGUGUCUAUCAUGGAAUUUGCUCAAUGAAGUGAUUACGUUGAUUACAAA